AAUAACGACGCGCCCUUUUUUAUGUACUGAAAAUUAAAUUUGACGAAAAUGUUUUCGACAAAUCUUUUGCGACGAAAAUGCUGCACGUCUUUUUCUUUGCUUCUAGGAACCAUCGUCGUUUUAGGGUUUAGCUCUUCGCAGUUUUUCGUAGCAUUGGCAUCAGCAGGCUCUAAGGUGGAGUAUAUCCCAGGGUUUCAACAUGAAGGCCCUCUUCCAUUUGAACUCGAAACCGGAUAUGUCGGUGUUGGAAAAUCGGAGGACGUGCAACUUUUUUACUAUUUUGUAAAAUCAGAAUCAAAUCCUAGUAUUGAUCCUAUUGUGCUUUGGAUUUCUGGUGGCCCUGGCUGCUCUUCUUUCUUUGCAUUGGCAGAAGAAUUAGGACCACUCACAUUUGAUGUUCCGAAGAACAAUUUGACAUUGCCUACACUGUCACUGAAUCCUUAUUCAUGGACAAAGGUUGCAAGUUUUAUCUACCUUGACUUACCGGUUGGAACUGGAUUUUCGUAUGCUAAAAGUUUCAAAAACUAUACUUCGAAUAGCAUAGAAACAAGUUAUCAUGCAGCUGAAUUUCUUCGUAAGUGGUUAGCAGAUCAUUUUGAAUAUCAAUCCAAUUCAUUUUAUGUUGGCGGGGACUCAUUUUCUGGUAUGACUGUUCCAACGGUUGUUCAAGCAAUAUCAUAUGGGAUUGAAGCAAGAUUAAAGCCACUCGUUAAUCUUAAGGGUUACUUAAUUGGCAAUGGGUUCACGUUUCGAAUGGACCACCUCGAUUAUCUUCUUCGAUCAGCUCGUGGAUUUGGUAUUAUUCCAGAUGAACUUUAUCAGUCAAUAGAGGAAUGUGGUGGAGGAACCGCCCCGGACAUGAAUUACGGUCUGAUUUGUCAGUUCAAAGUCGGGAUAUUCCUAGUGUUGAGUGAUAUCAAUUUUGGGCAAAAUUUUUUAGAGACAAAUUGUUAUCUGCAAGAAGAAAAUGGUGUCUCAUCUGAACAAAGCUCUGUUGCUAAGAGGUUCCGUGGGUUCGCUGUGCGUGCCCUCGAUCGUUAUUUCGUAUGCAAUGGUCCAAAGGUCUCAUCUCGGUGGGCUAAUGAUGGUAGCGUUCAAGAGGCCCUCCAUGUUCGGAAGGGAACUAUUGAAGAGUGGGAGCAGUGCAGAGAAGAUUUGCCAUAUCACAAAACUGUAUUUGACAGCCGACCAUAUCAUGCAAUUCUUAGCCAGAAAGGUUAUAGAUCUCUCAUAUACAAUGGAGAUGGUGAUUUGUAUGUGCCCUCACUUUCUGCUGAAGCAUGGACAAAAGCAAUGAAAUAUCCUAUCAUCGAUGAUUGGCGACCUUGGUUUAUAAACAAUCAAGUUGUUGGUUAUACAAGAACUUUCUCCAACAACAUGACAUAUGCCAAAAUCAAGGGAUCAGCACACAUUGCUCCAACGGUCACGCCACUUGAAUGCUUAGUCAUGUUUAAAAGAUGGAUAUCUUAUGAAAAACUUUAAAAUUUGUACAAGGAUAGUGAAAUCUAUGUUAAACAUAUGUACGUUAUAAA